CCCCGCGCACGUCACUUGCAGCGAGCGAAGGUCUGGAAUUCCAAAAACAAAGACACGCAGGUUACAUAUCAGACCCCGGGCGUCUGUCCCUUCAAAUACAACUCAUACACAUACACUGUCCUUCCCCACUCGAACCUCAUUCAAAAGCCAUAUCCACCUUACAAUUUCCGAGCAACCACAGCAACAAUGUCAUCCAUCAUUCAAUCCGUCCUCGGCUCCGUCUCGCCUCUAACCAAGGGCAGCAAACUCCCCACCACCCCGCUCAAAGAAACCAACCCGGAGCAAGCCACGGUCAACCUCAGCCAACUGCACGGCAAGAACAUCAUCGUCGGUGUCCCCGGCGCCUUCACCCCUCCCUGCUCCUCGCAAGUCCCCGGCUACGCCCGGCAUGCCGAUGACUUCGCCAAGAAGGACGUCAAGGGCAUUUAUGUCGUUGCUGUGAACGACGCGUUUACCACGCAGGCGUGGAAGGAGAAGUUGGGGGCGAAUCAUCAGCUGGUGCAUUUUCUCGCUGAUGAUAAUGGGGAGUGGACCAAGGCUGCGGGCAUGAGCUUCGACGCCUCCGGCCUGCUCGGCAACCACCGCUCCAAGCGCUACGCUGCGAUUGUGGAGAACGGGGAGGUGAAGGAGGUCUUCACGGAGGAUCAGGCGCCGGAGGUCACGGUGACGGCUGCUGACAAGGUGUUGAAGCACUUGUAGAUGAACGGCGGAGGUCAGAGGUCUGAGAUGGCCUGCCUUGCCUGCAGCAAUACUUUACCACAGUAGCGUUGCGUGCAGAGAGUUUGCGAUGAGAUGUCAACCGGGUACUGCAGAAGCGCCACGAAGUAGCGGUGUCCAAGCAGAACGACCUAGAGUCGUGCUUUGUCCACCCGACUCGUGCUAUGCCUUUCACGUUAGUCAAGAAGCUGCCACUUC